AUGACUUUUCAGAAGCAGUUAUGGGACUUAUUACCAAAUUUGUUGAGCUCACCCACCGACUUUAUUUCUCAAUUUCCUGUAUUAGCCAAAAUUCUGCUUAAAGUUCUAGUAGAAGAACGGGAUUUGCAACUUAUUGUAUUGUCUUCAAUUCGUAGUGCUCUUCGUUUCGCUCUACUACCUGAUGCACCUGCAGCGAGAAAGGAUAUGAUGUCGGAAUUUGCUUACAGUUUCAUGCGGAUACUGUUCAAUUUGUAUGGCGUAGCAGAUGCUACAAAGGAGGAUGUAGAAGGAAUUACUGAAACUAGUAUAGGGGUUCUCCAAUGUUCUGCAUUGGAAACUAUCCGUAUGUAUGUGAAGCUGACUCCAAGCGUUGUAAUUGAUAAUUUUAUCAAUUUGGCUGUUAAGAGUAUACAACUUGAGGAUGUAGCUCUGACUCGAAAGAUUCGGAUUUUGGACUUGAUGGCAGCGCUAGUGAAGAAGGCAAACACUUCUGGACUGAAUAGCAUGUUUUCGGUGAUUCAUCCUUGGUUUUUGACAAAUGAGACUGCGCUUCAAAAGAAGGCUUUCCGAAUUAUGGAACAGAUUAUGAAACGAUCAGCUGAUAAAAAUGCUGCUGAAUUUUUUUCGUUGAACGAUGAUGAAAUAAGCCAUAUCCUUGAUCAAGGACUGGAUACUAUUGCAUUGAACGCACGGGCUCCUCUUCUGGCUGUAUAUCACUGCAAAUUAUUGUCAUUAACUUCAUAUGAAGGUGUUCAAAAUUUCAAAGCUAGAUUCCUUGAAAAAAUUAUUAUUUGUCUCGACAAGUCACACAAUAUCCGGACUCGUUCAAACGCCCUUAAAUGUUUUGUCAAGUUAUGUCAACAGCUAAUACUGUUUGGUUCCAGCAAAAAUGAAACUCCAUCUAAUGCACUUCAUUCCGUGUUGAAUACAAUAUUUGCUACAUUGAAUCGGGCUAGAAAAGUAUGUUCAAACGAUGACUUAUCCUCUUUAGAAAAUGCGAGAUCGGCAAACAUUGCUCUGAACAUUAUUGCGCAAAAGUAUGUUCGUGUCAUGGAUACUCCAUUACUGAGUGACCUUAUAGCUCACGCUUGCAAUGGGAUUGGAGAUGGAAGACCGGCAAUAAGAGUGUUAGUUAUUCGACUGAUGCGGAUGCUUGUCAAAAAGUUACCGAAUUAUGCAAUGCAGCAAUACCAGGAAUUAAUCAUCUCAGCUGUGUUCGAUGGUCAGUUGACGUCGGAUGUUACUCAGAAAGUUCGAAAAGCAAACAAACUUUUGCUUGAAGUUCUAAUUGACAGAAUCGGUGUCGAAGUUUUGAUAACACGGACUAACAAACUAAGCUGGAUAAAACAACUGAAGUCGGCUGCUAAGAGAAGACGUCGGAUCUCACGUCGGAACACACAAGCUGCACACAGUACAAAAACUGAUGAAGAGAGUGAUGUUCCAUCAACGGUUCCUAGCGUUCGAACGGCAGGUGCAGAUACAGUACUGGAUAUGCUUAGCAAUAGUGGAAGUGACGGUGAAGAAACAGAUGAGGAAUCAGUUGGAUGUCGAACGCGAGGCUCAUCGAUCUGGCUUAAGAAUGAUAACGAAGAAGAUAUGAUGGAUUUACUCGACCAAAACAAGAUGCUGAAAAAUAUUGCAACAGCACAACCUGCUUCUUUGAAAGAUAAAAGAGUGCAGAAACUAGAUAAAAAUUGUGAUGGAGACUGUGGAGAAUUCAAAAUGACAGAAGACGGGCGAAUAAUAAUUGAAGAUACAGAUAUGGAGGAAAAUAACGAAAUGAUACGUAGACGUCUUACGGGAAUACUACAUUUUACGGAUAAGAAGAUGAAAGUCGAUGGGGUGGAUAGCGAUGAAAACGAAGAUCACGAUCUUGAACAUACGAGCAUGGUAAAAUCUGCCGCUUGUCAUAACAAUAAGAGCACAAAAGCAUCACGUUGUAUUCGCCCAAAGAAAUCAGCGAUUAGUAGGCAGAACAGAAGAUAUGAACCAUAUGCAUACAUACCACUGAAGCAAAAAAAGAAACAGAAGGUUGCAUUGAAGACGUUAAUUAAAGAAGCUGUAGCUGAUGCAAAAAUGAGAAAAGACUGA